AUGGCUCAGAGCUCCAGUACUCGAUUCACUGGUGAAGAGGUUUUAGAUAUUCUGAUGGAUGAUGACGAUGAAGAACUUUUGAAUGAAUUCUGUUUUGAAGGUAGUGAUGAUGAAUAUUCAGACGAUGAGGAAUCUAUCAGAGCUGACACAAUUCAAUGGUCAACAGAGCUCAAGGAAAUCAACAUAAAAGAGUUCAUACCGUAUGACAAACCUCAUGGUCCAGCUGAUAACAUAACUUCAUACUCACUGCUUGAUCUAUUUUACCUUUUCUUCACACAUGACAUUCUCAAAUAUCUAGCUGACCAGACAAACCUCUAUGCUUAUGCCUGUUUAGGAGAAUAUUAUGAAUCAUGGGAUAAGGUAACAGCAGAUGAAAUAAGAGCUUACAUGGGUUUUAUGAUAUUGAUGGGUCUUGUUCAGCUACCUGCUUUAUGUGAUUACUGGCGUAAGGAUUCGACAUUCCAUUACGAGCCAAUUGCUAGUAGGAUUAGUCGGAGACGAUUUCUUGAUAUUUCAUCGUUUUCUUCAUUUUGUUGA